GGAACCACAACGACUACUACUAAGGACUUGGACCCGCUAUCUAAUACGUGUACGUCUCAGCAUCAGUGUAGCACGCUUCAAGUGCCAUUCAAAUUUUCCUUGGUUCCACUGGCAGAAUAUGGUUCUCCCGGCAGAACUCCCUCAAAGUACUAGUUCUGUCUACUAGUAGUUAUCGAACUUAUUUAUAUCUUGACACUGGACCGUGCGCUGGCCAGUGAUAUAUCAUGUAAAUGAUGUACUAAUUCAUGAUUCCGAAUAGGGCGAGUGCUACUGGGAUCACGCAAGACGUCAAGCAACUUUUUGAAGCUCCAACUAGUUCGGCACUCAAUUUCGCAACAAAAGACCUUUCUUUGACUCGUAUUCAACAGGAUAUACAAGCUAUCGGCUCGCCUGAUGGAUGGUCUUUCAGAGACGGAGCCUCUCCUGCGACCCGCGCAGGUCCAGCGGAAGGCGACCGACGAUAUCUCGGUGGAAGGGUAUUUGUCUGUGCAAGACGACACUACACGUAACGCAUUUGACGAUGUGCCUGAUGCAAAGAAGCAGAUCGGACUCGCUAGUGCAGUAAUGCUUAUAUUCAACAGAGUGAUUGGAACUGGCGCUUUUGCAGCGCCUAGCGUUAUCUUGCGGUCAUCAGGGAGUGUAGGAAUGACUUUCGUUAUGUGGAUACUCGGUACACUUGUCGCAUGCGCAGGUACUGCUGUUUUUGUAGAGUUUGGAACGGGACUGCCGAAGAGUGGUGGGGAGAAGACCUACAUGGAAUUCAUCUAUCGCCGACCAAGGUUCUUGGCUACUUGCUUCUACGCGAUAUACGGAUUACUCAUAGGUUGGUUAGCGGUAAACAGCGUUGUUUUCGGGGAAUACACCUUAAAUGCCCUCGCAAUCCAGCCUACCACUGUUAACGUUCGAGUAGUCGGCUUUCUGUGCUCGACAUUCUGUCUCAUCGUACACGGUGCAUUCUUGGACUAUGGGCUGAAACUACAGGAUGCACUGGGUUUCUUCAAAUUAUUUGUAUUACUCAUUAUCGCUGUUGCUGGGCUCUUCAGCCUCGUCGGUGUCCCUGGAUUCGCCGUACGUGGUGAAUAUGAUGUUCCAGACAAUUUCACGUGGUCGUCUUUUUGGGAGGGAAGUGGCAUUAGCUUGAAUGCAUUCAUCACUGGAAUGUAUAAUGUUAUCUGGGCUUACAGCGGAUACUCUAAUGCCAACUAUGCCUUAUCUGAAGUGCAAGAUCCUGUCCGUACCAUCAGGCGCGCUGCACCCCUUGCCUUGAUCCUUGUCGCGGUCGCGUUUUUGUCUGUGAACGUUGCGUACUUUGCUGUUGUAUCCAAGCAAGACAUAUUGGAAGGUGGCACCAUGGCGGCAGCCCUAUUUUUCAGGAACAUCUUCGGUCCUGCUACAGAACGGAUUCUGAGUGCUGUCAUUGCACUGUCAGUACUAGGAAACCUUAUGAGCAUCCUGUUCUCGCAAGGCAGAGUUGUCCAAGAGUUAGGUAGAGAGGGUGUCCUACCAUUCUCGUCUUUCUUCGCCAGCAACAAACCUUUCAGUGCACCCCUUGCCGGGCUUUUCACCCAAUGGCUCGUUUCCAUGAUCAUCAUGAUUGCUGCCCCUCCUGGAGAUGCCUAUCUCUUUGUCGUAAAUUUCUCAUUAUACCCCGUGACGAUGUUUAAUCUGCUGAUAUCGGGUGGUCUUCUCCUUCUGUACACCCCCGCAUUCAAAUCUUACGAGUGGUGUCCUCCGUUCCGAGCGUGGAAGUCCGUUGUUGUAUUCUUUUUCGUAUCCCAUGUCGUUCUUGCUAUUUUACCCAUGAUCCCGCCGACUGCAGGAUCCGAAACUUAUGAACAUCUCCCAUAUUGGUCCCACGUCGUUAUAGCGGUGUCAGUCGGUCUAAUUGGCAUUAUAUAUUGGUUUGUUUGCUUCUACUGGUUACCCAAGAAGCGUGGAUACCGUAUCGUGCAGGAGACUGUCUUACAGGAUGAUGGGGUCCCGCGGAACGUUCUUCGGAAACUACCAAAUAGAUCAGAUGACGAAGGACGUGCGUAAAUGUAGAUGCCCUUUCAACUUUACAGUUAUUUUCAUAUCGUUAGACCAGAUUCCUUUUCUUCCCCAUCUUGCCGCUUCUAGAUCUAUUUCCUUGUGGAACUUAAGCUUCACAAACAAUAGGGUUCCACCUUUUACGAUACUAUUCGGGCGGAACAAGGGCACAAUACCCCUGAAGUACUCAGGAGUUCGUUACUUCCAAUCUUUGGCUCGCGACUAUCGCACAUUUCUUGAUGUAUUGUACAGUUUCGAAGUUGUACGAGGCCACAAUCACAACAACUGUUUACUGUG